AUGAAUGAGAAACAAAUUCUCGGCGUUGCUGGUAGCAGUAAUGAUGUACACCUUAUGACAUUAGAAUAUUAUAACGAACAUAAAGAUGAACUGAAAGGAGAGAAGGGUGACACCGGACCUCAAGGACCACAAGGAAUACAAGGAAUACAAGGACCUCAAGGCGAAAACGGUUUGGAUGGUGAAGAUGGAAAGGAUGGAAAAACUGCUAAAUCAUGGAUAUGGAACCUUAUAAAUACUGGUUUAACAGCUGCUUCAUAUGGAGUUCUUCAAUACCAAAUCGGAAAGAUAUGGGCAGUACUUGGUGAAGAAGUUUUAGAUGACGUUAAAAAUGCUUUGAACUUCAUUUCAAAUG